AUGCUUUUCAUUCCUUUCUUCUUUUUUUUUCAUUCCUUCUCUUCCCUCUUUCUCUCUUUUCUUCUGCUUCUUCUCCUUUCAUUUUCUUUUUUUUACAUUCUUUGUCUCUUUCCUUUCUUUUUUUUCCUUUUCUUUCUUUUUCUCCUUUCUUCUUUUUUAUCUCAUUUUUUGCUUCCUCUCUUCUUUUUUUUUCUUCCAUUUUCUCUACCUUCCUUUCAUUCCUUUUUCUCUUUCACUUUCAUCUGCUCUUCCUUUUUCUUCCUUUUUUUUCUUCAUUUCUCUAUUCUUCCCUUUCAUUCCUUUUCUCUUUCUUAUUUUUAUUCUGCUUUUCCUUAUCUUUUUCCCUUUUCUUCCAUUGCUCUCUUCUUCCUUUUCAUUCCUUUUCUCUUUUUCUCAUCUGCUUUUUUUCCUCUUUCUCCCUUUUUUCUUCCAUUUUUUCCUUCCUUUUCAUUCCUUUUCUCUUACACUCUCAUUUUGCUUCCUCUUUUCUCCCUUUUUCUUUCAUGCUCUCUUCCUUCCUUUCCUUUUCUCUUUUGUUCUCAUUUUUGCUUCCUUCUUGUUCUCCUUUUUUUUUCCCAUUUCUCUACCUUCCUUUUUCAUUCCUUUCUUCCAUUACACUCUCAUCUUUUUUUUUCCUCUUUUCUUCCUUUUCUUUCAUUCUUGUCUACCUUCCUUUCAUUCCUUUUCUCUUACACUUUCAUCUCUCUUCCUUUUUUCUCCUUUUUCAUUCCUUUCUUCUAUCUUUUUUCAUUCCUUUUCAUUUCACUUAUUAUCUUAUUUUUUCUCUUCUCCUUUUCAUUCCCUUUCUCUAUCCUUCCUUUUGUCUUCCUUUUCUCUCUUCCCUUCUCAUCUGCUGCUUCCUCUUUCUCCUUUUUUCUUUCAUUCUCUCUACCUUUUUUCAUUCCUUUCUCUUUCACUUUUUCUCUGCUUCUUCUCUUUUCUUCCUUUUUCUUCCAUUCUUGUCUUAUUUUUCCUUUCAUUCCUUUUCUCUUACACUCUCAUCUUUUUUUCCUCUUUCUUUUUUUUUCUUUCUUGUUUUUCUUCCUUUCAUUCCUUUUUCUUAUUUUUCAUCUGCUUUUCCUCUUUCUCCCUUUUUCUUCCAUUCUUUACCUUCCUUUUCAUUCCUUUUCUUUAACUUUCAUUGCUUUUUUCUUUUCUUCUUUUCUCUUUCAUUUUUCUCUCUUCCUUUUUGUCUCCUUUUCUCUUUCACUUUUCAUCUCUUAUUUUUCCUUCCCUUUUCAUUCUUUUUCUUCCAUUUCUCUCUACCUUUUUCAUUCCUUUUUCUCUUUUUCAUCUUUUGCUUCCUUCUUCUUUUUUUCUUCCUUUUCUUACCUUUCUUUCAUUCCUUUUCUCUUUCCUCUUUCUUCUUUAUCCUCUUCUCCCUUUUUUUCCAUUCUUUUCAUUCCCUUUCAUUCCUUUUUUUUACAUUCUCUCUGCUGCUUUCUUUUCUCCUUUUUCUUCUUGCUCUUUACCUUCCUUUUCAUUCCUUUAUUUUUUCUUUUACACUCUUUUCUUCUGCUUCCUUUCUUUUUUCCUUUUUUUUCCAUUCUCUCUAUCUUCCUUUCAUUCCUUUUCUCUUACACUUCUUGUCUUCUUUUUAUUCCCUUUUUCUUUUUGUUUCUCUCUUUGUUCCUUUCAUUCCUUUUCUCUUACACUUCAUCUGCUGCUUCCUCUUUUCUCCUUUUUCUUCCAUGCUCUCUUUUCUUCCUUUCAUUCCUUUUUCUCUUUUCCUCAUCUGCUGCUUCCUCUUUUUCCUUUUUUCUUUCUUGCUCUACCUUCCUUUUCUCCUUCCUUUUUCUUUUCACUUUCAUCUGCUGCUUCCUCUCUUUCCCUUUUUCUUCCUUGCUUUUUUAUUCCUUUCAUUCCUUUUUAUCUUACACUUUUCAUCUGCUUUUCCUCUUUUCUCCUUUUUUCUUCCAUUUCUCUACUUUCCUUUCAUUCCUUUUUUUGAUUACACUCUCAUCUGCUGCUUCUUUCCUUUUUUCUCCCUUUUUUCUUCCAUGCUCUCUACCUUCCUUUUCAUUCCUUUUCUUCUUUCUCUUUCAUCUGCUUUCCUUCUUUCUCCCUUUUUCUUCCAUUUCUCUACCUUCCUUUCAUUCUUUUCUCUUACACUUUUUCUGCUGCUUCCUCUUUUUUCCCUUUUUUCUUCCAUUUUCUACCUUUCUUCCUUUCAUUCCCUUUCUCUUACACUCUCAUCUGCUUUAUUUUCUCCUUUUCUUUCCAUUCUCUCUACCUUCCUUUCAUUCCUUUUUUUUACACUUUCAUCUUAUUUCUUUUCUUUUCUCCUUUUUCUUCCAUUAUCUCUACCUUUCUUUCCUUUUCAUUUUUUCUUACACUUAUCUUUUGCUUUCUUUUUUUCCCCUUUUCUUAUUCAUUCUCUCUCUUUUCCUUCCUUUUCAUUCCUUUUCUCUUACAUUCUCAUCUGCUGCUUUUAUUUCUUCCUUUUUCUUCCUUUUCUUCUCUAUCUUCUUUCUUUUUCCUUUUCUCUUACCUCUCAUCUGCUUAUCCCUUUCUUUCCCCUUUUUUUAUUUCCAUGCUUUUUUUUCCUUUCAUUCCUUUUCUCUUACAUUUUCUUUUUCUGCUUCCCUCUCUUCUCCCUUUUUCUUUUCCCUUCUUUUCUUUCUUCCUUUCAUUCCUUUUCUUCCCUUUCUUUUUCAUUCUUACCUCUUUCAUCUUUUCUCCCUUUUUCUUCCAUGCUCUUUACAUUCCUUUCAUUUCCUUUUUUCUUAUUUUUCAUCUGCUGCUUCCUCUUUUUAUCUUUUUUUCUUUCAUUCUUUCUAUCUUCCUUUCAUUCCUUUUCUCUUACACUCUUCUUUUUUGCUUCCUCUUUUUAUCCUCUUUUUCUUUUCCAUUCUCUCUACCUUCCUUUCAUUCCUUUUUUCUUACACCUCAUCUUCAUUUCCUCUUUUCUCCCCUUUUUUUUCCAUUCUCUUUCAUUCCUUUCAUUCCUUUUCUUUACCUUUCUCCUUUUGCAUUCUUUAUUUCUUAUUUUUUUUCAUUUCCUUUAUCUUCCUUUCAUUCCUUUUCUCUUACAUUCUCAUGCUUUUUUCCUCUUAUUUUUUUUCCUUUUUCUUCUCUAUUAUUUUGUUUUUUUCCUUCCCUUUUCUUUCACUUUCAUCUUUUUUUUUUUUCCUUUCUUCUCCUUUUUCUUCCAUUUCUACCUUCCUUUCAUUCCUUUUCUCUUUUGAUUCUCAUCUGCUUUUUCUUUUUCCCUUUUUUUCUUCCAUGCUCUUUCCUUCCUUUUUCAUUCCUUUUCUCUUUACUCUCAUCUUUUGCUUCCUCUUUUUCCCUUUUUUCUUUAUUUUUGUCUCUUUCCUUCCUUUCAUUCCUUUUCUUUCUUAUUCAUUUCUUUUUUCAUCCUCUCUUCUCUUUUUUCUUUUUUUUUCCUUCUCUUUAUUCCUUUCAUUCCUUUUCUCUUCCACUCUCAUCUGCUUUCUUCCUUUCUUUUUUUUCUUUUCUUUCAUGCUUUAUCUACCUUCCUUUCAUUCCUUUUCUCUUACUUUCUCAUCUUUUUUUUUUUCCUUCUUUUCUCCUUUUUCUUCCAUUUUUGUUCCUUACCUUCCUUUCAUUCCUUUUUUCUUUCACUCUCAUCUGCUUUAUUAUCCUCUCUUCUCCCUUUUCUUCCAUGCUCUCUUAUCUUCCUUUCAUUCCUUUUCUCUUACACUCUCAUCUUGUUCCUCUCUUCUCCUUUUUUUCCAUUCUUCUACCUUCCUUUUCAUUCUUUUUUAUCUUUUUUUUCAUUCCUUUUCUUUCAUUCUCCCUCUUCUUUUCUUCCUUUUUUCAUUCCUUUCUUUUUUUUUCUUCUUCCUUUCAUUCCUUUUUUCUUAUUUUUUCUUCCUUUUCAUUCCUUUCUUAUCUUUUUUGAUUCUCCUCUUUUCUUUCCUCUUUUUUUUUCUUAUUUUUUUUCUCCUUUUCUUUUCUUUUUUCUCCUUCUGCUUUUUCCAUUCCUUUCAUUUCCUUUUUCUUCCAUUUUUGCCUUUUUCAUUCCUUUUCUCUUAUCUUCUUCUUUUGAUUUCUCUUUCAUUCUUUUUAUUAUCAUUAUUUUUUACCUUCCUUUUCAUUCCUUUUCUCUUACCUCUCAUCUUUUUUCCUUCCUUUUCAUUCAUUUUUCUUCUUGUCUUUUUCUUUCUUUUCAUUCCUUUUUAUCUUAUUUUCUCAUCUUUCCUUCCUCUCUUUUCUCCCUUUUCUUCCAUGCUCUCUUUCCUUUCAUUCUUUUCUCUUUCAUUCUUUUUCUCCUUCCCUUCUUGUUCUUUUCUUCCUUUUCUUCCACUUCUAUCUUUUUUCAUUCCUUUCUCUUUCAUUCUUAUUAUCUUAUUUUCUUUCCUUUUUCUUCCAUCCUCUCUACUUAUCCUUUCAUUCCUUUUCAUUCACUUUCUCAUCUUAUUUUUGAUUCUUUUUCCUUUUUUUUCCAUUAUCUUAUUUUUUUCAUUCCUUUUUCUCUUACUUCUCAUCUGCUCUUCCCUUUUUUUCCUUUUUCUUCCAUUAUUAUCUUAUUUUUAA